AUGCCGUGCGAUGUUUUGGCAGAAUUGAAGAGAGAGGCCCAAGACAUGGGCAUUUCUGGCCUUCCAGGACUGGUGUACAAGUUUUUGGCGAAGGAUAUCAUGUCACGGUAUAAUGCCUGGAAAUACGACGUAUUUGCAAAUGGGAAGAGUCAAGGCUGGGAGACAUGGCUCUCAACCGAGCUAUUGAAGAGAAAUGAACGAGGCGCAGAGCAUUCCAUUAUUUUCCCACGUCUUUCGGGUCUAUAA